GCCACCACAAGCCGGGAACUAAUGAAUUACACACCCGUUGUUUAUUAGUGAAAUGUCAAGAAAAUAACGAUUUUUAUUAAUUUGUAUAGAAAAUAAAAAACGAAGAAUAAAUAAUUAAUCACGUGUACUUAAUAAAAAUGAAAACGGCACUUAUGGUGGCUGAAAAGCCAUCUUUAGCUGCGUCGCUUGCCAAUAUUUUAAGCAACGGAAGAUGUUCUUCUCGAAAAGGUUUAAAUGGUUCUUGUUCGGUUCACGAAUGGAUUGGACAAUUUCACAAUGAGACAGUGAAUUUUAAAAUGACAUCAGUUUGUGGUCAUGUCAUGAGUCUCGAUUUUAUUGGAAAAUACAAUAAUUGGGAUAAAGUUGAUCCGGCGGAAUUAUUUUCUUGUCCUACUGAGAAAAAGGAAGCAGUUCCAAAAUUGAAAAUACCAUAUUUCUUGGCAAAAGAGGGAUCCCAUUGCGAUUAUUUGGUUCUUUGGUUAGAUUGCGAUAAAGAAGGGGAAAAUAUUUGUUUUGAAGUAAUUAACGCUGUUCAACAGGGAAUGUCACGUCGAUUACAUCCAAAUGAUAUUUGGCGAGCUCGAUUUUCAGCUAUUACCGAAAAGGAUAUAAAAGCAGCUCUCGCCAAUCUCGAGAAACCGAAUGAAAAUGAAGCAAAAAGCGUUGACGCUCGUCAGGAAUUAGAUUUACGAAUAGGCUGUGCUUUCACAAGAUUUCAGACAAAAUUUUUUCAAGGAAAAUACGGUGAUUUAGACGCAUCUUUAAUAUCAUAUGGACCAUGUCAAACGCCAACAUUAGGAUUUUGUGUUCAAAGACACGAUGAAAUUCAAACUUUCAAACCCGAUGCAUAUUGGGUUCUUCAGGUCACAGUGAAAACUUUAGAGGGUCAAGAUUUAAUUUUAAAUUGGAGUCGAGUGAGAUCUUUCGAUAAAGAAGUUGCUUCCAUUUUUCUUAGUCAUGUAAAGGAACACGAAAUUGCCAAUGUGGCAAGUAUUCAGAGUGUCGAAAAAGCAAAAUCAAGGCCCAUUGCUUUAAACACCGUUGAGUUAAUGAGAGUCGCAAGUUCCGGUCUUGGAAUGGGACCGCAUCAUGCAAUGCAAAUUGCCGAACGACUUUAUACUCAAGGUUACAUUAGUUACCCUCGAACAGAAACAACAUCGUAUUCGGAAAAUUUCGAUUUAUUAGCAACAUUAAGACAACAGCAAAAUAGUUCCGAAUGGGGUGAUGAGGUAAGAAAAAUUUUAACCGAAGGUAUCAAUAGGCCAAGAAAAGGACACAAUGCACUUGAUCAUCCGCCAAUAACGCCAAUGAAACACGCAACGCGAAAUGAAUUAGAUGGCGAUUCUUGGAAAUUGUACGAUUAUAUAACGAGACAUUUCAUAGCGACGUUGGCGCGCGAUUGUAAAUAUCUCAGUACAACGAUUAAAUUUAAAAUAGGAAUGGAAACUUUCACAGUGACUGGACAUUCUUUAUUGGAUCCUGGUUACACUAGUCUCCUUACAUGGCAGGCAUUAAGUAAUAAUGAAUCUCUUCCUAAACUUGUUCAAGGGGAUAAGGUCAAUAUUCAAGAGACAAAACUUCUCGAGUGUUUUACACAGCCGCCGGACUAUCUCACAGAAUCGGAAUUAAUUUCAUUGAUGGAAAAACAUGGAAUUGGAACUGAUGCAUCGAUACCGGUGCACAUAAAUAAUAUUUGUAUUCGAAAUUAUGUAACAAUUGCAACUGGUAGAAAAUUGGUGCCUACAUCAUUGGGAAUUGUUUUGGUUCACGGUUAUCAGAAGAUAGAUCCAGAGCUUGUUUUGCCAACAAUGAGAUCGGCAGUUGAGGAACAAUUAAAUUUAAUUGCAAUUGGUCGUGUUGAUUUUAGCGCUGUUUUACAGCAUACUGUGGAAAUUUUUAAAUUAAAAUUUCGUUAUUUCGUACAAAAUAUUGAGGCAAUGGAUCAAUUAUUUGAAGUUACAUUCUCACCAUUGUCAGCAUCGGGUAAAUCACAUUCACGUUGUGGUAAAUGUCGUCGUUAUAUGAAAUAUAUACAAACAAAACCAUCGCGUUUACAUUGUGCUCAUUGUAAUGAAACAUAUAAUUUACCACAAAAUGGCAAUAUUCGCAUUUACAAGGAAUUGAAAUGUCCACUCGAUGAUUUUGAAUUAUUGUCAUGGUCAAGUGGUUCGCGUGGCAAAAGUUAUACAUUCUGUCCAUAUUGCUAUAAUAAUCCGCCAUUCAGGGAAAUGAAAAAAGGCAGUGGUUGUAAUAUGUGUACGCAUCCAACUUGUCCCCAUGGAAUGUAUCAAAAUGGAAUAUCAAGUUGUUUGGAGUGUGACGCGGGAAUUUUGGUUCUCGAUCCAUCGGCAGCGCCGAAAUGGAAAUUAGUUUGCAAUCGUUGUGAUGUUAUUAUUCAUCUUUUUGAAAAUGCUCACAAAGUGAGCGUCGAGACUGAUGUCUGUGAAUGUGGAGCUCAAUUAGUUACUGUAGAAUAUAAACAGGAUAAAACAAAACUUCCCGAUGAAGCAACGGAAAUGACGGGUUGCGUAUUUUGCACAAGACCAUUUGUUUCGCUGGUAGAAAAACAUAGGGCAGUUGCAUCGAAGCCGGUGUCAGUUAAAGGACGUGGUCAUUCAAAAGGAAAAAGUCGAGGACGUCCACGACCACCAAAAGAUAAAAUGGCACAAUUGGCAGCUUAUUUUGUAUAAUUAAGCAAUCUAUUUUACACGCCUUUCUUAAAAAAAAUUUUUGUAAUUUUUUUUUUUCAUUAAAAAUUCCGUUUUUCGUAUAAAAACAAUAAUUAACAAAAAUAAUAAUAAUACUAAUAAUAACAAUAAUAAUAAUAAUAAUAAUAAUAAUAAAAUAA